CUCCUGCAGCCCGGAACGGGCGGGGCUGUGCGGGGCUCGAGCCGCCCCUUGGUGGCCCGGGGCGGGGCCUUCGGAGGCCUCCGAGCCCGCCGCAGCGAGCGCCCCACACAAAAGGGUAGCGGCUUGGCUGCCGGGGUGGGGAAGGGCCUGGGGAGCCGCUUGCGCCUUUGAAGCCUGAGAGGAUGCAGGAAGGACGCAGGAGAGGAUGAGCCUGCAUACCGAAGUGGGGACGAGGCCAUAGGGAGGACGCCCCCGUGGUCUGAGAGGGAGGAGGCCACAGUUGGGUGGCCCAGCGGCCUGCGAAUUAACGGGGAUUGCAGUAAAAGCACACCUACAUCCCGAAUGAGCGAGAUUUUCUUUGCUUCCCAAAAGGGACAGGGAUUCAAACUGCAUCUCUGUGCCCAGUAGUGAGGAGAUUAAAGGUAGUGAGGACACUCCCUCGAUCUGAGGUGGAAGGAAGGCUCCCGUGGCCUAACAGGAAAAGGGAACUCGAGUCUAGACACACCUGUGGGGAAGAAGCUGCAGUCGGUACACUCCUCUGAGUCUAGCAAGGAAAUCUUAGAGCUGGUCGCCGUCGUGGCCUGGACGGGGUUGCAGGGAAAUGCUCCCAGGGCUCAGCGUUGGGCAGGGCUUACCCUCGAGGGUGUCGGCGAUUUAAGAAGGCCGGCCUCUGUAGCGAGAAAGUGGGGGUGAGUACGCCUCCCAGACCUCUAAGAAUUGUAGUAAGAUGCCAGGCCCUUGAACCCCAAGCAGGGAAGGGCCUGCAAAGAGCACCACCUUUAACAUAUCCCUUGGGAGAGAGCCUCCAGCACUGGAAGACGAGCAGGCCCAAUAGGAGGUGGAGGAGGGUGCUUUCGAUGAGUGAAUUGAGUUUCUUUAGUGGAGGCUGGAGGUUUUAGCUGGCAGCCACGUGAAAUAGGUGGGUGGGGCUUUGAGAAUCUACAGGUUAGUGUCGGGGAUGGACACCAGUGUAGGACGCUUAGCUGCCAGGUUGUAAAUGCAUGGAUUUCAUGUUUGCCAGUAAUGUGUACUCUAUAGUGAAACAUCUCAACGGCUUCGGUGAAGUCUAAAAGUUGGUUUUAAUUGGUUGCCCACAGGAUUGACUUGGCCUCUACUUCUUGUUAAGAAAAUACAUCUCUUGUUUUAUCAGGUGUGUGUGGUUUCAGCGCAGCAUGGCUGUGGUCAUCCGUUUGCAAGGUCUCCCAAUUGUGGCGGGGACCAUGGACAUUCGCCACUUCUUCUCUGGAUUGACCAUCCCUGAUGGGGGCGUGCAUAUUGUAGGGGGUGAACUGGGUGAGGCUUUCAUCGUUUUUGCCACUGAUGAAGAUGCAAGGCUUGGUAUGAUGCGCACAGGUGGUACAAUUAAAGGGUCAAAAGUAACACUUUUGUUGAGUAGUAAAACGGAAAUGCAGAAUAUGAUUGAACUGAGUCGUAGGCGUUUUGAAACUGCCAACUUAGAUAUACCACCAGCAAAUGCUAGUAGAUCAGGACCGCCGCCUAGCUCAGGAAUGAGUGGCAGGGUAAACUUGCCUACAACAGUACCUAACUUUAAUAAUCCUUCACCCAGUGUAGUUACUGCCGCCACGUCUGUUCAUGAAAGCAACAAAAAUAUACAGACAUUUUCCACAGCCAGCAUAGGAUCGGCUCCUCCAAAUAUGGGGGCUUCUUUUGGGAGCCCAACGUUUAGCUCAACCAUUCCGAGCACAGCGUCUCCAAUGAACACAGUCCCACCACCACCAAUUCCUCCAAUCCCAGCGAUGCCAUCUUUGCCACCAAUGCCGUCCAUUCCCCCAAUACCAGUUCCUCCUCCAGUACCUACAUUGCCUCCAGUGCCUCCUGUGCCCCCAAUUCCCCCAGUCCCUUCUGUGCCACCCAUGACCCCACUGCCACCCAUGUCUGGCAUGCCACCCUUGAACCCGCCACCUGUGGCACCUCUGCCUGCUGGAAUGAAUGGCUCUGGAGCACCUAUGAAUCUGAACAAUAACCUGAACCCUGUGUUUCUGGGUCCACUGAAUCCUGUUAACCCUAUCCAGAUGAACUCUCAAAGCAGUGUGAAACCACUUCCCAUCAACCCCGAUGAUCUAUAUGUCAGUGUGCAUGGAAUGCCCUUUUCUGCAAUGGAAAAUGAUGUCAGAGAUUUUUUCCAUGGGCUCCGUGUUGAUGCAGUGCAUUUGUUGAAAGAUCAUGUAGGUCGAAAUAAUGGGAAUGGAUUGGUUAAGUUUCUCUCCCCUCAAGAUACAUUUGAAGCUUUGAAACGAAACAGAAUGCUGAUGAUUCAACGCUAUGUGGAAGUUAGUCCUGCCACAGAGAGACAGUGGGUAGCUGCUGGAGGCCAUAUCACUUUUAAGCAAAGUAUAGGACCUUCUGGACAAACCCAUCCCCCUCCUCAGACACUUCCCAGGUCAAAAUCGCCCAGUGGGCAGAAAAGGUCAAGGUCAAGAUCACCACAUGAGGCUGGUUUUUGUGUUUACUUGAAAGGGCUGCCAUUUGAAGCGGAAAACAAACAUGUCAUUGAUUUUUUUAAGAAGUUGGAUAUUGUGGAAGAUAGUAUUUAUAUUGCUUAUGGACCCAAUGGGAAAGCAACUGGUGAAGGCUUUGUAGAAUUCAGGAAUGAGGCUGACUAUAAGGCUGCUCUGUGUCGUCAUAAACAAUACAUGGGCAAUCGCUUUAUUCAAGUUCAUCCAAUUACUAAGAAAGGUAUGCUAGAAAAGAUAGAUAUGAUUCGUAAAAGACUGCAGAACUUCAGCUAUGACCAGAGGGAAAUGAUGUUAAAUCCGGAGGGGGAUGUCAGCUCUGCCAAAGUCUGUGCUCACAUAACAAAUAUUCCAUUCAGCAUUACCAAGAUGGAUGUUCUUCAGUUCCUAGAAGGAAUCCCAGUGGAUGAAAAUGCUGUACAUGUUCUUGUUGAUAACAAUGGGCAAGGUCUAGGACAGGCAUUGGUUCAGUUUAAAAAUGAAGAUGAUGCACGUAAGUCUGAACGCUUACACCGUAAAAAACUUAAUGGGAGAGAAGCUUUUGUUCAUGUAGUUACUCUAGAAGAUAUGAGAGAGAUUGAAAAAAAUCCCCCUGCCCAAGGAAAAAAAGGGUUAAAGAUGCCUGUGCCAGGUAAUCCUACAGUUCCAGGAAUGCCCAGUGUGGGAAUGCCCAGUACGGGAGUGCCCAGUGCGGGAAUGCCCAGUGCAGGAAUGCCCGGUGCGGGCAUCCCCAGUGCGGGAAUGCCUGGUGCGGGAAUGCCUGGUGCAGGAAUGCCCGGUGCAGGAAUGCCUGGCGCAGGCGUGCCCAGCGCAGGCGUGCCCGGCGCCGGCGUGCCCAGUGCAGGAGUGCCCGGUGCAGGAGUGCCUGGUGCAGGAAUGCCUGGUGCAGGAGGUGAAGAGCAUGCCUUCCUGACUGUAGGAUCUAAGGAGGCCAACAAUGGGCCUCCAUUUAACUUCCCUGGUAAUUUUGGUGGGUCCAAUGCCUUUGGGCCACCACUCCCUCCUCCAGGAUUAGGAGGAGCCUUUGGUGAUGCUAGGCCUGCUAUGCCUUCAGUUGGAAAUAGUGGUUUGCCUGGUCUAGGACUGGAUGUUCCAGGGUUUGGAGGUGGACCAAAUAAUUUAAGUGGGCCAGGAUUUGGAGGAGGCCCUCAGAAUUUUGGAAAUGGUCCUGGUAGUUUAGGUGGCCCCCCGGGCUUUGGAAGUGGCCCUCCUGGUCUUGGAAGUGCCCCUGGGCAUUUGAGUGGGCCACCAGCCUUUGGGCCUGGGCCUGGCCCUGGCCCUGGCCCAAUUCACAUUGGUGGUCCCCCUGGCUUUGGAUCUAGUUCUGGAAAACCAGGACCAACAGUAAUUAAAGUUCAGAAUAUGCCCUUCACUGUGUCUAUUGAUGAGAUUUUAGAUUUCUUUUAUGGCUAUCAAGUGAUCCCAGGCUCAGUGUGUUUAAAAUACAAUGAAAAAGGUAUGCCCACAGGCGAAGCCAUGGUGGCCUUCGAAUCUCGGGAUGAAGCCACAGCUGCUGUCAUUGACUUAAAUGACAGACCUAUAGGUUCAAGGAAAGUAAAACUUGUCUUAGGGUAGCUGUUCACAUAAAUUCUUUAUAGGGUAGAUCUUCAUAGUGCUGUGAUUAAUGCAUCCAGAUUGUUUUCCUAGUAUUUCCAGGUUAGAACCUGUGGAUUGUUUCAAUUGCAUAUAGAUUGGUUUCUGUAACAUAGAGCAUUGGUUGACUGUUUACAGAAGACUCACUACCAGGAUAAAUAUUGCUGUAUGUUACAGUAAAGCUGUCUGGAGAGAACACAAAAUGAUUUUGGCGUACCAUUAGAGAAACCGUUUGUAAAAUACAAAUGACCACAUAAAGCUUAUCAAGGAGUUUAGAUUGGUUUUGUUUUAUACCAUAUGGGAUGAAGAAAAUAGAAAUGUCAAUAGAGCUCAUUAAGGGUGCUCUUGCCAGCUGCUGAAAAAUAGAAGUUGGCUACUCUUGGAAUUUGGUUUAAAGCUGGACAGAUUUGCUUUGUUAUAGGGUCAAAGCUUUGUCUAAAGUCCUCAUUUUCUUUUAAAAUUGAAUAAAAUCUCUGUAUACAGAUUCACUGUAUGUACCUUUAUUGCUUCUUGAGGGUUCUUGCUGUAUAGACAGUCCUGCUUCUGAAGUUGCUGCUUUUUUGUUUGCCUAAUUGACUUAUUUGUAAAUGAGCAGAACUGUUUUGUUGUUGUUGUUUUAAUAUAAAACUCCACACUUGGUUUGUGCUAUAACCUUGAACUUUGAUUUCUAAUGUCACACUUAAAACUGUGUGAAAUAAGAACUUCUGCCACAAAAAUAAAAUACAGAGUCCUCUACCUACCAGAGCCUUUUUGGUUUGACCGCCAUGUUUUAGUUUAGUCAGUUUAAAAAUUGUUCAUGUUUGGAUGGCUUUGAAAACCAGAAACCACUUCUAAUGAUCAUUGUUUAAAAUGCCAGAUUUGAAGUCCUGUCCAUGGUGGACUAAUGUUCUGGCAGUUUCCUUCUGUCCCAAAUUUAUGUGAAAUUUUGGCCUGUAACUAAACAAAGAGAGUCCAUUUAUAAGAAAGAGCAUUAUAUCUAUGUUUUUUUAAAAACUGAAGUUGAAAUUGUUAGCUUUGUUAGCAGUAGUGUUACAGAAUAAAAGAUUCAUAAGCUGUUCCAUAGAUGUGCAUUUUAAUCCUGUUAUUUGGAGGCUUUUUGGUCUAGUUGUUUGAUCAGGAGCCUGUUCAUAAAAAUUCUUCAUACCGACUACAAGUGCAGCUGCCAGAGGGGAGAGAAUUGAGACUCUUUGCCCUUUAAUACUCUUCUUUGGCAUUCAGGACACUAAGGCAGGAGGACCAAGUGGGUUCUGGUUGGUAAGUGUCCUUGUCAUAAAAACAUUUGCCUUACAAGAUCCUGCCCACUGCUACAAAAGGCUCUAUUUAUGGUUACUUUCCUUCUUAGUUACAAUGCUCUAAAGAAAGAUGUGUCACAUUAUAUUAUAAACAUACAUGAAAUAGGAGAUUGGUGAGAUAUCAUGAAAAACAAAUUUUGUCUUUAACAUGGGCCUCUGUCUUGGUUUGAAACAUCCCCAACAUUUCCUGCAAAUCAAUGUACUUACAAAGGGGUCAGCCUUUUAAAAGAGUUAUUUCCUAUUAAAAAAAAAAAAAUAGUGCCUUUUUGGUGUUGCAAGUCAGUGGAACACUGAAAUACAGCGUCUCGUGUAACUUGGAGUUAAGAGUGGCAGCAGUUUCAUUUGCGUGAUAAGAUUUGGAAAGCCUUUUUUCAUCACUACAAUCUUAGAGGUUUGACAGUACAGGAUUUUUUUGUCUAGGGAAAGGAUUGUUUAGACUUUCAAAGAAGACAUGGCUGUGUUGUGGGUCUUUUGACAAUUUAUGAAUACAAAUUUGCUUUGACAGAUCGCUAGAUAUUGCCUCCUCAACUAAAAAAAGCAAUAUGAUGUUUAUAUAUGCUGUUCAAUUUAGGUUUUCUGUUAAGUAAUCAUUUCUCAUUCCAAAGACCGAGUGCAGAAAACUUCAGCGCUGCUUGGGAGUCUUAUUUCAACUGCAGAUUAUUUUCCCCAUUGGAGAGCUGACUGUUUUCAUUUUAGAAAAAUGGGUUGUUUGAAGAUGAAAGCCUUUUAUCUUUUUUCACAGUUUAUUUUGGUUAUAUGUUCGUACAAUCUUAUUAAAUAUUUCAUAUACUUUAUUGCAACUACUUUGUUAUUUCUACAUCUUAGAUAAAUGCUGAAAAGGAAAACUUGAUUUCAUUGUUCAUCAAAUUAAAUAAAUUAAGAAAAUAGUGGUUUGUGUAGAAUUUGGAGAGAACUAUGUUCUAUAUUUGGUUGAGUCACAACAGUGCUUCUCUUGUUGUGAAAUGUAAUUAAAUGCUUUGCCCUCUGGAACUUGAUAUUUGUGUAUCUGAGACUUAUUAAUAUAGUGCUAACUGCUAAGCGUACUGUUCAUCUUGUUCUGGGCACUGGAGUUUGAGUUUUAAAAAAAUUCUUGAAAAUAUGUUCUGUGCAAUCACUCAUACCUCUCUUCCUGCAAAUUUUCUCAGAAGAACUAGGUUUGGGGUGAAAAUGAAUUUAUUUUCUCAUUUGCUUUGUAUGGUAUGAAGGAUUUGUAAAGCUUUGCUCAAAGUUGUGUGCAUUUGUAAACACUAUCAUGAUAUUUUCAAUUUUAUGUGUAAAUCUUGUCUUUGGUGACUGACAUGAAUGGAAGAGAAUCUUUUCCAUUAGGUUUAAUUCCUCCCACCCCCUUGCCUGGGCGUUUUUGUUUUGGGUUUUGUUUUUUUUUUUUUUUUUUUUUUAGUUUAAAGGAUUAGAGAUACUACAAAAUGUAUUUUAUAAAUAAGCAAAUUUGUAAACUUUUUCUGAACUUUAGUGAAACAUUUAGUCCACAAGCAAAAUUUGGAGGUGUAUUUUGUGUUUAAUACUGUAGUUUGGAUGUACAGUUAAUUAUUAGUGGCUUAAAAAAAAUGCAACACUGUUGAGUGAAACAUAGUUCCUAGCUUUGUGCUCCAAGUUGUCAAAGCAUCAACCAUGAAAAUUUCAUUAGGGAAAUUGUUAUUCAGAAUUUCAGAGAAUAAUGUCCAGUGUAAUUAGUUAGUCUUAACCCACUGGAUGAAAAUCUAGGGGUGUGUAUGGACAUAAACAAGCAUACCUUGGAUGAAAUAAGGAUCCAUGAAAGCCUUAAUCAAACUCAAAGUCCUUUUUAUUGGAUUCUGUCAUUGUGUACAGGUGUGGGUCAAAUGUUUAAAAAUAAAUCCACUCUUCAAUUUCAAGAAUACUUUAAAAAUGAGUAAAGAAGCCGUAAAGUUACUGCUAGUUAAAUCUGUAAAGAAUUUCUAGCAGUGAUCACUUUUAAAACUUCCCACUCUUGCAAAAUUAACCACAUUUAGUUUUACUGGCAGUUCUGUAGUAGUCCAAGCAGUCCAAACACAAUAAAAUGAUUCAUUGCCAAUAUGGCCACAACAUUGCCAGCAAAUACUGCCUUGGCAUCAUUCAGCAGAGGUUUUUGUUUAUAAAGAUGAAGUCUUGAAUACUGUUCAAUAAACUUGUCACAAAAUAAAA